AUGCCUCUAAGUCUAAGACUUCCGGAUUUCCUUGCAACAGAGUACUCUGAUAGGUGCAAGGAAGCCCUGAAAGAGGUGGCCGGAAUGUCUCUCCCGAACAUGUUUGACCUGGUUGUGGUGAAGCAGCUUGUUCAGGAGGUGGUGGAGAGCAUUGAAGGGCCGUGCCUGCAGCUGGUUAAUGACUGCUUCUCUUAUGCAAUGCAGGUGCAGCAGGCUGUGGCGUCACACGUGUGUGGGCUUUACCCUGGGCUGAACAACGUGGCUCACCUUCAAGGCACGAAUGCCAUGCGGAAGGCAAAGGAGUCAGCGAGCCGCUACAUUCAGGACCUGUUGGCAAAGGAGAAGGAGGUUGUCUUCACGCUCAACCAUUACUACAUGGACACGGUUUCCAAAAUUCAUGAGAAAAUGGCAGAGCAUAAAAAAGCGCAGCCCGGUGGCUCAACUCAAGCUUCUCCGCCUGCUCCCACUAUUGAAGACUUCGCCUCCAGCACUGCUUCACUUGCAAACCUGAUAAGCAAUGACGACCAGGCUGCAAGGGAUCUGCAGGUCAACAUGUUUUCGUAUGCUAAGGUGAUGCAUAAGCGGCUGUGUGAUGUGAUCCCCAUGGAGUUGCGCAUGUGCCUUGAGAAUGCUCUCCUGGAUGGCACUGAUGGCGCUAUGUGGCGGGAGAUUCAUGCCAUCAACCUCCAACCGCCGCCCUGUGGCGCCACGAGCAGAAGCUGCCACGUGUCCAACUUCCUCCCUGUCCCUCCGCCCACAGCGCGCCAACACCUAUCCAGAUCCGCCCGCGCAUCCGUUCAUUCUUCCCCCGCGCGCGCGCUUUUCCCGCUCAGCGGCUGUAGCGCGGCUGUAGCGGAUAGAGCAGACAGGAGAGGGCGCAAAGGACGGGUCAGGGCUGGAAGUGGGUGGGCGGGCGUGGGGAAGGGGGAGCGGCAGCAGGGAUUCGAUUCGGAGGAAGGGUGGGGUUUAGAAGAGGAGUGGGAUGGUGGGGAAAGGGCGGAAGGAGAGGAGUGGGAGGGAGAAGAGGGGGAAGGAGAGGAAUGGGAAGGAGAGGAGGGGGAGGAUGAUCUGGUGGAGGGUGGAUCAGUAUCGCUGGAUAACGGGGUGGUAUGUGAGACAGGUGUCAUGUGUCUCUCGGGUUGCCCUCGCUGCUGUGGCCGUGUGCAACCUCAUGAAGCAGGCGUGCUUCGCUCACCUCUGCAGCAUCAUGUCGCGCAUGCACCACCGCCGCAAGGGGUACCUGCUCGCUUCGCCCACCUCUGCAGCAUCAUGUCGCGCAUGCACCACCGACGCAAGGGGUAUCCCUUUGGCUCGCUCGUUGACUUUGCCACCGACGACGAGGGCCAUCCCAUCUUCCUCCUCUCGCCUCUCUCCAUCCACACGCGCAACAUGCUUGCAGACCCUCGCUGCACUCUUGUUGUCCAGAUCCCAGGGUGGAGUGGGCUGGCCAACGCGCGAGCCACCAUAUUCGGAGACGUGUAUCCGGUGCCGGCCUCCCAGCAGCAGUGGGCGCAGCGCUUCUUUGCCCGCCGCCACCACCACGGUGCCGCGCAGAUGUGGGGCAACUUCAGCUACUACCGCAUGCAGCAGAUCUGUGACAUCUACUUUGUGGGCGGGUUUGGCACGGUGGCAUGGAUCGACGUGAAGGACUAUCUUGCUGCCACACCGGAUGCCAUUGUGCUGCAUGACACCGAGGCCAUUCUGCAUGAGCUGAACGUACGGCUGGGAUCGGAUCUGAAGCGCCAGCUGGCGUCGAUCCUGCCGCAGCCGGUGGACGAUGCACUGUUCAUCAGCAUCGACGGCAAGGGCGUUGAUAUUCGCGUGCGACACGGCGCCAAGUUCAACGUGCAGCGGCUGUCGUUCAGUGCAUCAUCGGAGGUGCGAGAUACAGAGGAGGCCGUGGCAGCGCUGCACGAGGUGCUGCAACACGGCGUCACCCCGCUCUCCAACGGCAUGCUGCAGUGA